GUAUUAUGCAUUGUCAGUACGGUGUAUGAAAUUUUUCUUAUCUACCCACGAUUAGGUAUGUAUAUCCAGUAUACAUAGAUACGUAUAUAAGUUAUAUAAUAAUACGUUAAACUCGACAGUUGUAAGCAGACCUUGGCUCUAAACACACGAACACAAGAUGGCGCCGAUUCUCUACAAGGUAGAUGCCAGCCCUCCCGCCAACGCGCUAAGGAUCCUCUCAGAGAUCAUCGGGCUGGAACUCGAAGUCAGGGAUGUCAACUUUGGUGCACUCGAACACAAGUCCCCUGAAUAUUUGAAGCGCAAUCCUAUGGGUACUAUACCAACGUUGGUUGACGGGGACUUCGUCAUCUCUGAAAGCCACGCCACUAUGAAGUACCUUCUGUCAGUGUACGGCGGUGACAAGAGCGAGUCUCUGUACCCGAGCGACGUGCGCACGCGCGCCAUAGUGGACCAGUGCAUAUUCUUCAACGUCGGCAUAUUCUUCAUCAGGCUCAAAGUUAUUGUUCUGCCUGCCAUAUUCGGUGACUUGGACGGUCCAACAGAGAAGCACAAGGCAGACAUUGACGAAGCCUACGGCAUCGUGGAGGCGUACCUGGCCAAGAACAAGUACCUCGCUGCCGACCACCUCACCAUCGCCGACUUGAGCGUCGGAGCCACCACCAUCUCUAUGCAACCUUUACAUAAACUCGACGCUGCCAAGUUCCCCCUAACGGCUGCGUGGAUGGCCAGGUUGGAGGAGCACCCAUCAGUCCAGAAGUACCUGGUGCCCGGCGCCAAGAUCCUCGGAGACAUUGUCAACGCCGCCUGGGACAAGAAUAAGAAGAAGUAGAUUGUAUAAUAAAAUGUUAAUAAUUG